AUGGUGCUUUUCUUGCUAUUUUCACUUUCCUAUACCGGAAAGUAUGAGAAAACUUUGAUGGGAAGUUUUGAGGGAUGGUUGGUCUGCGCCUUGGCUCCAUUCUACUGGACGGUGAGGCCAAUUCUCGGUGUCCCGUCAGCAAUUUCUCUCACCGUUCUCUUUCUGAUCGCUUUCCGCAAAGAGUUCACGCAAUCUGUGCACGAUUUGAUGUUCAAACAAAGAAAUGCUCAAUCGAAAGUUGAAAGUGGAAAUAUGCCUAUUGAACCUAUGCAAGAACAAAAUGCUGAAAAUGAUGUACCCCAAAGCGGUGGCCUGAUGGCCUUUUUGGCGUUGGUGUUCUCCUUUGGUUUAAUCGUUUUGCCCUUCAUUGCCAAUCAAGACGCACUAAUCUAUAUUUAUGCCAUCGUGAUUGUAUAUUUUGCUGCAAUCUAUCAAGUUUUCAAAACCCUGGUCGCUCCGUAUUUCCUUUCAAUCAUUCCCAUCGCACUGCUCAACUUCGGCAUUUGGAAGUUCACCGAAAGUUUUCCACUUUUGCUUUUUCUACAGCAUACCACGGUUCAUUUGAUUUUUUAUCUAACAUUAGAUGAUGGACACUGGGAAGUUCGAGAAAACCAUUCCGGAUUCAUCUUGAAAUCGUUGAGGAUGAUCUCGUUUUGGAUUGCUUAUUUCUGGGUGAAUUGGAGCGUUCGGCCGAUCCAACUCAUCAAGAAGAUUCUGUUAUCAAUUGUUCGCGGCGGUUUCCCCCGGUUGAUCGGCAAGAUUAUCCUGGUCUCAUGGCAAUCAAUCAAACGAAUCAAUUUGGAUUUUCUCUUUGUGACCCUAGCAGCAAUCGGUGUUCUCUAUUGGACACAAUUCGGGUUCAGUUUCGAAUACGAGAAAGUUGUGCCGAGUAUUGGAAUGCCUAGAAUCGCUUUCCCUGAUUAUUCCUCGUUGCCCAGACUCUCUCCACCAAGAAUAUUCAAUGACAUCCAGCUAUGUAUUCAAAGAAUUCUACCAAUCUUGACUCCAGUUGUGAUUUUGCAAAUUUUGAUUUGCCUUUUUGAGAUUGGGAAAAAUUUGAAGGUGCAAUAUCAGACAAUGGGAGAUUCAUUCAAACAAAGUCUAAAAUCCCGAAACGAAUUCCUGCUGCUGAUGCCGUUUGUCGCUGUCGGUGCUUUUGGGAAUUUUGCCAAUUUGCCGCAAAUAGGUGGAUUUUCUCUCUUUUUUGCCUUGACAACUUGUGUCUUGUUGGCCGAGAGGAAACCGUACAAAUGGUUGCUGAUUUUGAUCGGGUUCACCAUUUAUGUGCAACUGAUCUUCGCGAAUCUUUAUAAGAUCGAGCAAGGUUUGUCUCUGAUUGUGUGGAUCAGUGGCCUCGUAGGGAUGUCGAUGUCGCUUCGUUACGCAAUCGUAAAUGCGCCCGAACCUCGAACAGCAGCAGGAAAU